GCCGCGCUGACGUCGAGGGGCGGGAUCCUCGCGGUGAAUGGUGGCCGCCUGUGAGUAAGAGGAGUUGGUGCGGGAAGAAGACAUGACUCGCUCGGGACUCGGGCUCUUGUGGAGCCGGCUGAGCCGGGGGAUGAGCCGAGCCGGCCUCGAACCGCGGCCUCCUGGGAAGAGGUGGCUGGUGGCUGGCCUGGGCAACUACAGGUUGCAGGGCACACGGCACAGUGUGGGCAUGGCUGUGCUGAACCAGCUGGCCAAGCACCUGAAUGUAGCUGACCAGUGGAAGAGACAGCGUCAGUGCUGUGCAGAUGUGGCCAUCACCCGCUUUGGAGAGGCUGAGCUGGUGCUUCUCAAACCCUGCCAAUUCAUGAAUGUCAAUGGGCGCAGUGUGGCCCAGGCUGCCAAGAUGUAUCAGCUGGCAGCCGAAGACAUCUACUUGGUGCAUGACGAAUUGGACAAGCCACUGGGGAAGCUAGCCAUGAAGCUGGGGGGCAGUGCACGUGGUCACAAUGGGGUACGAUCCUGCAUCGACUGUCUCAACUCAAAUGUAAGUCUUUCCCCCAGGGUAGUGUAGCAUUUCCCUAGGGCUAAUGGUGUCUGCUGGAGCCUGUGUGUCCCAUCAAUCCCCCAUCCUCUGAGACCUUAGUGUUGAGGUGAGGUUUUUGGUUUUUUUGGUUUUUUUUUUUGUUUGUUUUUUGUUAUUUU